AUGUGGGUUUGGAAAGUCGAGAUUUGGGGCCAAUUUCAGAGAGAAAAACAGAGCAGAGAAGCUGCAUCUCAGCUCGAUCUAGAAGAAGCUCUUCAAGCUUCCAGAAACGCUAGUCAUCCAUACUCUACUCAUCGCAGAGAGUGGCCACCUUUGUUAGAGGUGGGUGAUACUGGGGAAUUUCCUUCUGUAUGUAAUACAGCAGGCGGUGAAGGCACGGCUUUGGAUUUUUUUCCAAAGAUUCGACGGGUUUGGGCAUCCGUGGACAAUUCUCUGUUUCUGUGGCGUUUCAACAAAAGCUAUUCAGGACAGGGUCUUCAUCUUCCUGAUGUACUCGUAGAAGUCGAAAAGUGUGGAUCCUAUUUUGACGAGUUGCUAGCAGUUCCUGAACACGAUGAUUGGAUAUAUAGCGAUGGGAAAUCAACUUCUUGUAUCACUUUCAUCCUCGAAAUGUACAAAGAAGGUGGCUUGUUUGAUCCAAUCUCUAGUUCCAUCCAAGUUGCUGAAUUCACGUUUUUGCAGAUCAAGGAUGCUUACAUGCUCAAGUUUUUUUAGAACAAUGCAAGCUGUUUGCCUAAAUGGUGUAACGACAACAAUGAUGUAAAGCUACCGCACUGUCAAAUCCUUGGGAAAUACAGAAUGGAGCUUUCCGGUUACAACACUAUGGAGCCACACCCGCAUACGAACGAGCACUGCUCGUCUCUGCGUGACUGCGUCCAAAGUACCAUAGACCAAAGAACUGCUAGAACAAAUAUAUUAAGUGUUGUCUGUUUGUUAGGAAUGACUUGGUGUAAUGAUCCACGAAUAUGUGACAAAGUUCACUUCAAAUACAUCUGUAAAGAAAGAGAGUGCGACUCAUCAUUGUCGUCUUUGUAAUUUGCGUUUAAUAUUUGGGCUUUAGAUGUUACUUUAUGGAUACAUUGUUAGGCUCAGAUUUUGGAUUAUAGUUUAUGAGUUCAUCAAGUUAUGUUUAAAUUGUAUUAGUUCUACGUUUUAUUGAUAAUUUUUUUCUAAUA